GCCAGUUUGCGGUAGGUCAAAGAAAGUGUAGCAUGCUGCAAUUUUUCACGUGAUAACCCCAAGUUUACAAGCCAAAAUCACGCAUUUAGAAAGCAGACAGGGCGCUCAAAUUCACCAUGAGGCUAUCGUUAAUGCUACUGAUCAGCCAUGGCAAGAGGCAGCGAAGACUGGGCGGCGGAAAGCCUCAAAGACUGAACAUUUUGAGGAAGGUUGUCACCGGUUUGGUUCGCCACGAACGAAUCGAGACCACAUAUGCCCACUGUGAUGAGGCCAAGUUCUAUGCCGAACGGUUGAUUGACUAUGCUAAACUCGGAAACACCAAUGCAGGAGCCAUGCGGAUUGCCGACUACUGGAUCACAGAAAAGGACCUGAUCCCCAAGUUGUUCGAGACUCUCGCGCCGCGUUUCGCCAACUUCGACGGACGGUAUUGCAGGUUGUACCGCCUCCCUCUCACCACACAGAACACCCUGGACACGGCCGUGUUAGAGUACAAGGGAAACCCCUACCCUAGCCUCAGACCUACACCCAAGAACCAUCCCAACUCUAUAGCAAACAUUCUGGUGGAGGGACUGAGACAAGACUAUGAGAAGAAGAAGACAGAGACUGUAUGAGACUUAAAGGAUGAGUCUGUUGCAUGAUCUGGACAGUAGACAAGGAAUGAUGAAUUAUUUUUUCAUGCAUAUAUGCUUCAUCUUCCAUUCUCAAUUUAAUCACUAUAAACAUUCUCAUACAAGUUUGCUUUUUUCCUCAAAAACUUAGACACAGAAUUUAACUCUCA